AUGGCGGAACCAAAUCAGUCUGACCCUGAGAACUCUACUCUACGAGUUCCCGCGUGCGAUAGCUGUCGAGCCCGAAAGAUUCGAUGUGACAGAAAGAAUCCAUGUGCUAGCUGUAAGACAUCUCGCAUUGCGUGUCGUACCACAAAGAGGAAUGCCGAGAAGAGGCAGAGAAUUCUCGUCUCAGGGCGAUAUGAACGCGAGAUCGAGGAUAUCAAUGGCCGCUUAGCUAGCCUCGAACGAAUUCUACAGGACCUUGUCAAAACCCAGAAACAUAGCGGCUCAGAGUCAAUACCUUCGUCACACACAGAAACGUUGUCCACUCCUCGCGGCAGCCAGCUCGGUGAGAGGGAAUUGGAAUUUGAGGGCGAGUCUUCAUUUGUCGCCCAUUCUAAACAUGUAACUCGAGCCUUCGAGAGUAGCCUCAACAACUCGCCUUACUCUGGUUCUGUUAGAGAUGUUUCCGCUGCUGUUGCUACCUUGAGAACUUUCUUGAACGAAAAUUCUCCUGUAGCAAACGAGUCCACUCGUUUCUACCAACCCCUACAAGAGGCCAUCUAUUACCCCGAGCUCUCUGGCUUGGCACUUCCUCCAAUGCAAGCAGUUUUACGUCUGUUGAGACAUGCACAUCCUCACAAAUUUUUCUACGAUAUUCCCACCCUUGACAUCGCCUAUAUCACGAACUUAUGCCAUCACCACUGCCGCAGAAUGGUUCAAGAUGCCGGGUAUCACCGUCUUCCGCCUUACACAGUCAACCCAACAGCAUCAAAGAAGAGACUGGUCUUCUGGACUGUCUAUGCCUUGGAUCGAGGCAUGGGACUCAAUCUAGGCCGUUCCCCCACCCUUCAAGAUUGUGACAUUUCCGUUGAUCGACCGAAGAUGCCAGAAGAGAUCCGCGAUGUCUGGGGUGCCAUGUACCUAGGCUGGCUCGACUAUGCAGAGCUGCAAGGCCACAUCUACGAACAAUUGUAUUGUGCCCGUGCACAAAAGCAACCCACUAAAGUGAGAGCUGAGCUUGCUCGGGGCCUGGCUUCUCGACUGAUCCAAAUGAAAGAGCAGUUCGUCUUCGAUUUUUCCAAUACCCCGUUUGCCGAGUCAUUCAGUGAUGCCAUGAUCUCUGUCCAAAUUGUGCUUUCCUCGACGCUCACUCUCGUCUAUAGGGCUUGGAGUAUCUUACAACACCGUGCGAAUGAUGAGUGGCGACUGUUCAUCCACUGGACGCUUCUGUGGUGUCCCUUUAUCCCGUAUAUCGUGGUAUUCGGAAAUAUUAUCGCAGACAGAAACAAAGACGACAUCAGACUCCUGGAGCACGUCGUCAAUACCCUGAUAUUCUACCAGAUCGCCAACAUCUACCUCGGCCGGGAUAAUUCAUCAGUACAGCAGGCUCCUCAAGUUACCACUUCGUCUGCUUCGAAUCAACUCGUUUUACCACGUUCGCAACAAUCAUUGCGAGAGCUCGAUACACAACUGACUAACACGAUCCUCCCCGAUCUUCCACUCUCUCAGCAAGAUUGGGAUGGGAUGCUAGAUGAACGGGAUCUAGGCCUCGGGGCUGAGAAUGCAAAAGAGAUGUCCAAUUUCUUUGGGAAUUACUUGUCAGGCUCUGGAAGCAGUCUUAAUGGGAGUAUGACCAUUGGAAACCAAGAAGGCUUUGAUUAA